AUGCAAGCCGCCGUCAGCCUCGCACAGGACUACAUGGGCACAGAGCCCACCGUCACCAAAGCCGACUACAAGUCUCGAGAAGACGGAUCGACCAUGAGGGCACUCGCCUGGUUCGGCAAGGAAGAUGUCAGGAUGAUCGAUGCACCUAUCCCCGACAUCACCCAGGAGACCGAUGUCAUCGUCAAGAUCACUGGUACCACCAUCUGUGGCUCGGAUCUCCACCUUUACCACUCGGAGAUGCUGGGCAUGCAGAAGGGAGACAUCCUGGGACACGAAUUCAUGGGCGUCAUUGACCGCGUCGGCCCUUCCGUCAAGGCUCUCAAGACUGGAGACAGGGUUGUCGUGUCUUUCCAGAUCGCCUGUGGAACAUGUCGCUACUGCCAGCAGAAACUCUCUUCGUUCUGUGACAGGACCAACGAUUCUUCCGUCAUCACUACCAUGUGGGGACAGCGAGAUGCUGGCUUCUUUGGAUACAGUCAUCUGACUGGAGGUUGGCCCGGCGGACAGUCCGAGUACGUUAGGGUGCCUUAUGGAGAAAUCAACUGCUUGCGCAUCCCUUCUGAUGUUCCUGGUAAGUUUUCAUACCGGUAUGAUCUGUCUGACAUCCUACCCACUUCGUACCACGCUGUGGUCGACACGGGUGUGAAACCAGGGGACAUUGUCGGUAUUUGGGGUCUGGGUCCUGUCGGGCUCUCCUGCGUUCAAUGGGCUCUCUUAAAGGGUGCUUCCAAAGUUUACGUGGUCGACUCGAAUGACAGUCGCUUCGCUCUUGCCAAAAGGCUUGGUCCCAAGGUCAUUGUUGUGGACUUCAAGAAAGAGACGGUCACCAAGCGCAUUCAUGAUGAGGUUCCAGAGGGUCUCGAUGUUUCGAUCGACUGCACAACUUUCCAUGAGCCCAAGACGAUUCUCCACAAGGUUGAAAAGGCCCUCAUGCUGGAGACCGAUGUCUGCGAGACACCUAACGAGAUGAUUUGGCUCGCCAAAAAGCUCGGCCGUAUCGGCUUGAUUGGUGUCUAUUCGGGAUACACCAAUCAUUUCAACAUCGGCGCUCUCAUGGAGAAGGGUGUGCGAUUCAUUGGCAACGGCCAAGCUCCCGUGCAUCUCUAUUGGCAAGAGAUUCUUGAUGACUAUAUCAAGACGGGCAAAUUUGACGUCAGUCUGCUUGUCUCUCAUCGAGUCGAUCUGGAAGACUUCCCGCAACUCUACAACAAGUUUGAUAAGAGGUAUGCGGGAGUGGAGAAGGUUUUCGUUCAGACGAAGGCCAGCUCGCCUCCUUCGGCCGGGUUCCCUCAAUUGACCAAGGUGGACGAUUGGGCAAACAAGAUGCUUUAG